UGCAGUCGCUCUUACCAGCUGAGAUUAGUUCACCUACGACAAUGAGACAUCUUACAUUGCUGCUAAUAGGCUUUCUGGGAUUCUGCUUUGCAUCUGAGGAGCUGCAACGCAAGCCGCGUAAUGCACCCCAGAUAUACUAUACUCAACAAGGACCUCCAGGACCGCCGGGACCACCAGGUCUUCCUGGGCCAAUGGGCAACAAAGGUCCCAGGGGACCCACGGGUGACAUUGGACCUCAAGGUACGCAGGGACCUCAAGGAUCACCCGGGCCGGAUGGACGAGAUGGACCGAAUGGUAUGCAAGGACCACAUGGCUUGAGAGGGCGACGUGGUUUCCCAGGGGCUCGAGGACCCCAGGCCAGCCGGGUCCACCAGGUUUAAUGGGACCUCCUGGACCACCCGGCCCAGCAGGAGCAUCGGCACGUAGCAUGUUGUCUUAUAUCGAGGCUGAAGAUGAAUAUGAUGAUGAAUUUUGAAAAAAAUGAUUUUAAGGAAUUUUGAAAGAAGUAAUAAAUUAAAAUUGGAAAAUUGAAUAA